UCGCCAUGGCAACCGCGGAAGCCGCGGCGUGGUGGUUUCGCGUGUCUUGCUUGUCAAGUUUUGCGCGUCUUGCGGACGAACGCAUUUCACCUCUCUCCUGAACGCUCUAGAAGCCACUCCGUUAACCGAGGCGCUUGACAUGCCGACGGAAACGAUUUGGGAUGCUGCAGUGCGACUCAGUAAAGAGGCCGAGAAGAAUGGUACCUCAAAGAAUUUUGAGACUACACUUCUUGUUGUUGGCAAUAAGCAGAGUGGGAAGACAACACUUCUACAUCGUUUCCUGGACAAGACAGACACGCCCAAGCCAUCGCUAGCUCUCGAGUACAUGUUUGGACGACGGUCACAUGGUGCUGGUGUGCUCAAAGACAUCUGCCACAUAUGGGAGCUGGCUGGAGGUGCGUUUGCCACAGACCUGUUGGAAAUCCCAAUUACCAUGGAAACGCUUCAGUCAUUGUCAGUCGUCGUGGUGUUAGACUUGUCUGCUCCUGAGGUCCUAUGCAUCCUGUUCGAGACGUUACUCAAGGCGCUGCAGUCCCGAAUUGACCGAGUUCUUGACACCGCUCUGAAGAAUGAUGCGGGCAUAAAUGAAGCAAUUCACGAAGCCACCUUGUCUCGGCUACCAGAUGAGCACCCCGACAAGAAGGCAAUGACACCAUUCCCUGUACCACUACUGAUUCUCGGCUCCAAGUACGACAUCUUUCAGAACUAUGAGCCCGAGAAGAGGAAAGUGACCUGCCGCUACCUCCGGCACGUAGCUCACGCCAACGGGGCAUCCCUUCUAUUCACGAGCUCCAAGAACGAGUCCCUCAUCUCAAGGCUUAAGACGAGCCUGGCGUACCUGGCCUUUGGUUCCGGCUCGGGCCCUACUAAGGCAUCACACACGGAUUAUAACAAGCCCUUGCACAUUACGUUUGGGGAAGAUUCCUUUGAGAAGAUCGAUGGUUCCACGCCAGCCAGUUCAACUCAGGUUUCAAACUGCUAUGCUGUAGUGAAGAAGGCGUUUACAGAGAUCUUCCCACAAGUGGAACAGAAAAUGACCAUUCCAGAAGACCCCAGCCGUGACCCAAAGUUCAAGGAAAAGGACAUUGAUGUCAUGAAAGCACAGAAGGAAGCUGAAUUGGCCGAACUCCGUAAGAGGCGCCAGGAAGAAGAAAGAGCAAAGGAACUUCCUGACUUUGACUAGGCAGACUCUGUGGGUGACCUGGGGUCACAUUUUGCAAUCAUCCGUGUCGUUUUUAAUUAAUUUCUUAACUGUGACGCCAAGAGACCCAUCGCAGUGACUUGAUCAGUGGCUAUGGGGUUGUGCUGCCGAUUCUCAGCUGUGGCAUUUGCAGCUGUGGCAUUUCAGCUGUGGCAAAUUCAGUAACACUUGUUUACUGUGGUUUGUGUUAAAGAGCCCCCUGUUGGUCAAAGUAAAUCUGGAGCUCCACACGCUAUGGCGUUUCUCAUAGUUCCUAUGUUGCUUUCGAUGUUUACCCCGUAGUUAUCAACUUGACAUUGCGUGCCCAAUCUCAGUGAUAACAGCGGUGUGAUGGGGUCCAAGUCUACAACGAAGGGCAGAAGAAAUGAAAAAUACAGCCCCACAAAUGCAGUGGACGAGUAUUAGGAGAAGGGCAAUCAAGUGUUGUAUGUUCAGCGUGGUCUAGCAAGUCUAUUGCCUGCAGGUUUUUUAUUGGUUCUAGACAACAAAAUCAUUCAUUCAUUCAUUCAUUCAUUCAUUUAUUCUUUUGUGAAGAAAGGCAGAGCGCCUGUCCUUGGAGCAACACACAAAGGCAGAUGUUCAAACUUAGUGCAUUGCUUUUUAAUGCUGCUCUGUCCGUUGCCAUUCCCUUUUUUUAAAACCUCUUCACAAUUUAUUUAUCAUUACACAGUGUUUGCGUUCUGACACGCUUAUUUUGAAGAAUGUGAAACUGCACUACCAAACAUAUAGAGACGAACAUCUUUCCUUUCUCUUUUUGCUCACGCAUGUAUAAAUUUAUGCGUGGAUGCUUUCUUUCUUUCUUUUUUUUUUCUCGGCAAUCAUUUACCUUUUGUCAUGAAGAGUUGUGAUCAUAGGUUGCGGACUGACAUCAUUUCUUUUGUUGUCAUUUAGAAGGGCAAAGAAUGCGGCAAGUUGGUACGACAUCUUGACAACUGAAUGUGCAAAGUAUUUCAAGGCACACAUGCAGACAAAGGAGCGCACACAUAUACGAUGAGCGCAGCAAGCCAUAUUAUUCCUCGAACAAAAUCCUUUAUACCUUGUCACGCUUUUAGGGCUCAUUUCGUUUGUCUGACCGUGUAUUUUAGAGGUUGCCCAGCUGUAUUUUUCCUUGGCUGCGGAAUUGGCAGACCUGUCAUGAUGGCUCCAUGGCAGUGGCGUCCUGCUGCCGAGCAUGAGGGCAGUGGUGUGAUUGCCGACCACCAUGGCUGCUUUUCACUGGGGGCUGAAUUCAGAUAUGCUCUGAGCCUUGGGUGCAGAGGGGGUAGCCAGGGGUGGCGGGAGAACAGCAGUCAUAACCUCUUCGAAAUUUCUGUGUACCAGAGAUACCUGGCAUGAAACGACGUCCCUCCUACCCCCUUAAAAAAAAAAAAAAAAUCCUGCCUGCGUCACUGUUUGGGUGCGCAUUAAAGAACGCCAUGUGGACAAAAUUAAUCCAGACUUCACCACUAUGGUAUCUCUGACGGCCAUUGCGUUGAUUGAGGAUGUUAAAAUCAAUAAAUCAGUCAACCAAUCAACCAAGACCUGGUGAGUUAAUCGAAGUUCUUUAGUUUUUUUCGUGAUUCAUAGUGCAUCAUAUAGCACCGACAAAGUGUACCAGUCCUCUGUCUUCUUUAAUCUAUUUAAUUUGUAUUUCAGAGAUUCAAAUAAUGAGGGGGUGUGAGGAAGCAUUGCCAGAAUUUGAACAAUCUUGAAAUAUGAGAAAAAAGAUGAGGCCACUUAAUUGGUGUCCUGUGUGUGGGCUGCAACUACUACAGUCAAGAGGCAUUGCAUAAAUACAUAACGAGUUCUUGAAAUAAGUAGUUUCUCUUGGGACGACAAUAGUCUGUGCGCAGCUGGGAUCACUUCAAAAAAUUUGAUCACAAUAUAAGGGGAGAACCUUCAUGGCUGAAGUGCCUGUUCUAAAUUUUUUUAUGUCUGCGAACCUUCAGAGAAAUAUCUGCCUUACAUUUACUCAGAUGUGAUUCUUACACGUUUUGUCGCUUCUCUUCUUGUAUGGUUAAUGCACAUUUGUGUUAUUGAGACAAAAUGAAUGUGCUAGCUGUUGCCACUUGUACUGUGAGAAAAAAUAAUGUGAGACCAUUAAGAGAAUGCAAAGUCCAAAGGGUCUAGGAGAAGAUGAGUUACAUACAUUAAUUAUGUUCAUGUUUUAUCAUAUUUCUUGUCAGUCAUGGCCAUCAUACCUUAUGUGCAGUUGUAGCAUACAUCUGUGAUGACAGAAGCACAAUAUAUUGUUUGAGUGUGCACAAUUAGGCUCGCUGAUAGCAGAACCUUGGAAAUGUCGAGUGUAAUCAUUUGUAGAAGCAUUUGCGCCUGAAUAUAACCAAAACUGGCAUUUUUUAUGCCUUUUUUAUUGUUCUGGUGCAAUGGAGUUCCUAAAAAUGACACUGUUGAACAACAGUGGGACUUGACAGACAGUCCAAACAGGAGACAAUAUACUUUCGCUCUUUGUGUAGGUCGAUACCGGCCAUGCUUGCUUGGUUGCUUACUUCACCUAUCUGACGAGCAUUUUUCAUCAUUGUCAUGGCUCACGUUUAAUGCCGUUCUGAAUGGAAUAAAACUG